AUGGCCAGCCAACCAAGUCCAACCAAACCAACGCAGGAAGCUUCAGUGGUAAUCCGAAGGUCCAGAGUUCUAUCGCCGUCCAAACGCAACUGCGACGUCUCUCCGAUGUACCUCCUUAGGGCCAGGCGGGACAUCGGGUACAUCAUGGCUGACCCGCCACCAGGAAUUCACAUUGCAUCAGAGGAGAACAAAAUCACCCAUAUUAACACCCUGGUGGUGGGAUCUUCAGACACGCCGUAUGCGGGUGGGCUUCUGCAAUUCGACAUCGUGUGUCCAAACGAAUAUCCGAUCGAACCGCCCAGAGCUCAUUUCCUGACCACAGACACUGGCCUUGUGCAGCUAAACUUGAACCUAUACUCGAACGGCGAGGUGUCCUUCAGCGUUCUCGGCACUUUUGAUGGCCCGCACUUCAUGGAGCCCGGCUCAGUCGUUAGGUAG